AUGGCAACAUCCCCCUCAAGAAGGGCCCCCUCCGAGGACGGGCGCCCGGCCAAACGCGCCCGGCAAGCCUGCGAACCAUGUCGACGCAAGAAGACAAGAUGCCCCGGCGAAAAACCCAUUUGCUCCUUCUGUGAGCGGCUGGGCCAGAAGUGCGUGUACACGGGAUCAGAAGCUGUUGAAGAAGGGUCGGAUUUUGCAAAGAAUAUAGAAGAUCGUGUUUCGCGAAUCGAGUCGAAGCUCGAACAGCUCGUCGAAAUUGUUGCGAUACAGGAGUCUCGGUAUGCAAGCUCAGAGGCUUCUCCAGAGAUUGCCAUGACAAGAACUUUCCCUUUACAUGAACCCCCGCGGUCUGCAAUUGAUCUUUAUUUCACUUUUUGCAAUGCACAGCCAAUACUUUUAUUCCCCAAGAACAUCAAUUCGAACUCUUUUGGAAGACGAGAUCCGGAACUUGUCCUUGCCAUGGAGGCUUUAGGCCUUCGAUUUCAAGGAAGUGGCACCGCAGAAAGCCAAUUAGAGGCGAAAAUUCAAAGCCAGACGCAAAAGGCUUGCCAAAUAGUUAUGGCACGUCUGACCGACGGAACAGUGGAGCUGUCUACGAUUCAGACUCUUUGCCUUCUCAGCAUGCUGGAAUAUACAGCUGGCAAUUUGAUACGGUCUGGAUUCCAUUCCCGAAUGGCUGACUAUUUCAUUGGUGCCACCCAAAUAGGCGAACUGAGGUUUAUCAAUCGCUUGGACAAGGAGCAGGAUGAACGCAAAUUAUGCCACGCAAGUGUGAUAAUGCUCCAGAAUCUACAAGGCAAUAUAUGCACUUUUCCACCCAGAGACAAUGAGAAGACCAGCGCCGAUGGCCUCGCCUCGCCAGUAUUUGAAACAAUGAUUUCGCGAAAGGACUUUCGGAAAGGGGGCGGCGGCUUGAGGCUCGACUUUGGAAUCAAUACGGCCAACAUGCACACCAGUGAGCUAUGGGCUCUGGCGUGCAAAUACGCAACAGACCAUCGCAUCGACGCACACCCUCCAUGGCAUCCGCAAUCUGAUUAUACAAUGAUAACAUAUCGACACACCGAGCAUGAGAGCUGCAUGCCGCUGCAGUUUCGGUUACACGCAAGCCGGUUCCAAGAUCAUUCCUCGGAGGAUCUACACGCACAUCGCGACUACUGGGGCCCUUGGUUAUUUUUCCAGCUAGCCUGGCAUGCUGUUCCAUGCAUUUUGAACCAUCCAUUUCUUCUGUCUAUGCGAUUGAGAAAUUUCCGAAGGAUAAUGCCGCAGUCAUUCCUUCGAAACUCGUUCGAACAGCUCACUCUCCAUUCGGGCUGGAUAGUGCAUUUCCUCGAUCUUGUGGAAAACAAAGCAUUCGAAAUAUCCGACCCGACGUUAGGCCACUGUGUGUCUAUAGUGGCUACUAUAUACCUUCAACACAGCUUCACUGAAGACGAAGCGUUUAGUAAAAAGGCACAAACAGGCUUCGAGAAGUGUCUUCGAUUUUUGAGAGCCAUGGGUCAUAGAUGGCCGCAUAUUCGUCGGCAGGCCCAACAUCUGGAACAGCUUCGAGGCAGUAUCUCCCCCGGAGGGUUAAUGACUGAGCCCGGCUCAGCAGCAGGUGACUCUAGCGGUCGCCCCAAAUGGUCAAUAAACGUCCAGCUACUAUGGAAAAUCUUGAUUUAUCCCCACGCCAGUAAAUCGAUUGACCAUACAAAAGAUAUUCUCGGACCCUUACUGGCUAAUGAUAGUGCUAGGAGCUCAGGCCUGUCAUCUGCUGGAGGGAUUGGUGAGCCCGACUUCGCCCUUAUUGGAUCCGCCGGUCUCUCGGGCCACAAGACUGUGGCGUCUGAAUGUGUGACAUUCCCCCCGAACAAGCCGAGCAUUCUACACAGGGACAAGAAUCACUGGGCCAAAUGUCUUCAGCAAUGGACAUGCCGGGACUCCCGGAAGACCCUGUCAUGGAUUUGA